UGAAAUUAAACAUUUCUAUUAGUGACUUCCCUGUUUUAAUCUCUUUCUCUCUUAGAACAAACCUCCCUGUGUCUCUUGCCUAUCUCCUUUGCAUUCCAAAUUACAAUUUUAUUAAAUCUUGAGGUCUGUGAUUUUUCUUUGGGAAUUUAUUUUAGUGUUUUUGUGGACAUUACAAAAGAAAAUUAGGAUAAUUCAAUAUGAAAUCUUACAUUGCAUCUUUUGAGAAAUUUAUAUUUUUGUAAGUUGAAGGGUAUGUUUAUUUUGGGGGGCAUAUUUUUGGAGUUGGAAUUUUGUAGUUAUUAUUUUAAUAACCAUAUUCUGUUAUUUAUUUAUAGCUUUCUGCCUGGCAUAACUCACUUUCAAGAAGUGCACGAUGUCAGAACGUGGAAUUAAGUGGGCUUGUGAAUACUGUACGUAUGAAAACUGGCCAUCUGCAAUCAAGUGUACUAUGUGUCGUGCCCAAAGACCUAGUGGAACAAUUAUCACAGAAGAUCCAUUUAAAAGUGGUUCAAGUGAUGUUGGUAGAGAUUGGGAUCCUUCCAGUACUGAAGGAGGAAGUAGUCCUUUGAUAUGUCCAGACUCUAGUGCACGACCAAGGGUUAAGUCUUCAUAUAGCAUGGAAAAUGCAAAUAAAUGGUCAUGCCACAUGUGUACAUAUUUGAACUGGCCAAGAGCAAUCAGAUGUACCCAGUGCUUAUCGCAGCGUAGGACCAGGAGUCCUACAGAAUCUCCUCAAUCCUCAGGAUCUGGCUCAAGACCAGUUGCUUUUUCUGUUGAUCCUUGUGAGGAAUACAACGAUAGGAAUAAAUUGAACACUAGGACCCAGCACUGGACUUGUUCUAUUUGCACAUAUGAAAACUGGGCCAAGGCUAAAAAAUGUGUUGUUUGUGAUCAUCCCAGACCUAAUAACAUUGAAGCAAUAGAGUUGGCAGAGACUGAAGAGGCUUCUUCAAUAAUAAAUGAGCAAGACAGAGCUCGAUGGAGGGGAAGUUGCAGUAGUGGUAAUAGCCAAAGGAGAUCGCCUCCUGCUAUGAAACGGGACUCUGAAGUGAAAAUGGAUUUUCAGAGGAUUGAAUUGGCUGGUGCUGUUGGCAGCAAGGAGGAACUUGAAGUGGACUUCAAAAAACUAAAGCAAAUUAAAAAUAGGAUGAAAAAGACUGAUUGGCUAUUCCUCAAUGCUUGUGUGGGGGUUGUAGAAGGUGAUUUAGCUUCUAUAGAAGCAUAUAAGUCAUCAGGAGGAGAUAUUGCACGUCAGCUCACUGCAGAUGAAGUACGCUUGCUGAACCGUCCUUCUGCCUUUGAUGUCGGCUAUACUCUUGUACACCUGGCUAUACGUUUUCAGAGGCAAGAUAUGCUAGCAAUAUUGCUUACAGAGGUGUCUCAGCAAGCAGCAAAGUGUAUUCCGGCAAUGGUGUGUCCUGAACUGACAGAACAAAUCCGGAGAGAAAUAGCUGCCUCUCUUCAUCAGAGAAAGGGGGAUUUUGCUUGCUAUUUUCUAACUGACCUUGUAACAUUUACAUUGCCAGCAGACAUUGAAGACUUACCUCCAACAGUCCAAGAAAAACUAUUUGAUGAGGUGCUUGAUAGAGAUGUUCAGAAAGAAUUAGAAGAAGAAUCUCCAAUUAUUAACUGGUCCUUGGAAUUGGCUACACGUUUGGACAGUCGACUAUAUGCACUUUGGAACCGGACUGCAGGAGACUGCUUGCUUGAUUCAGUACUACAGGCUACCUGGGGCAUUUAUGACAAGGACUCAGUGCUUCGGAAGGCCCUGCAUGACAGCCUGCAUGACUGUUCACAUUGGUUUUAUACACGCUGGAAAGAUUGGGAAUCGUGGUAUUCUCAGAGCUUUGGUUUACAUUUUUCCUUGAGAGAAGAACAGUGGCAAGAAGACUGGGCAUUUAUCCUCUCUCUUGCUAGUCAGCCUGGAGCAAGCUUGGAACAGACACACAUUUUUGUACUUGCACAUAUUCUUAGACGACCAAUCAUAGUUUAUGGAGUAAAAUAUUAUAAGAGUUUCCGGGGAGAAACCUUAGGAUAUACUCGGUUUCAAGGGGUUUAUUUGCCUUUGUUGUGGGAACAGAGUUUUUGUUGGAAAAGUCCUAUUGCUCUGGGCUAUACAAGGGGCCACUUCUCUGCUUUGGUUGCCAUGGAAAAUGAUGGCUAUGGCAACCGAGGUGCUGGUGCUAACCUGAACACCGAUGAUGAUGUCACCAUCACGUUUUUGCCUCUGGUUGACAGUGAAAGGAAGCUCCUCCACGUGCACUUCCUUUCUGCUCAGGAGCUAGGUAACGAGGAACAGCAAGAAAGACUGCUCAGGGAGUGGCUGGACUGCUGUGUGACCGAAGGGGGCGUUCUGGUUGCCAUGCAGAAAAGCUCUCGGCGGCGAAAUCACCCCCUGGUCACGCAGAUGGUAGAAAAAUGGCUUGACCGCUACCGACAGAUCCGGCCCUGCACAUCCCUGUCCGAUGGAGAGGAGGAUGAAGAUGAUGAGGAUGAAUGAGAAAGACCAAACAACAGAAUACCAAGGCAUCAGAUCUGUUAUGGCCCCAGUUGGUGUGGCGCUGCACGCAGAGUAUGCAGUAUGGCAUGAACCAAGCCUGGUGGAAUCUGCUCAGCAGUGUUUUUCUGCUCCACACCCGAAGGAGAGAACGCACUUGCUGUGUGAGGAGACAGAACUUUGGUUGGACUAGUUUGUAAAAAACUAAUUUUAUUAAGACAACUUUUUUCCUUUAAAAUUGUAAAUCUGUCUAUAAAUGUAACGCAUGUGGUUGUGUAAGAAAUUGUGUAAUAGGAGAAGUUGUACCAGCAUCUUCACAUUAUUGAGAUUUUUUUUCCCAGCAUGGGCACUUACAAAAGCACAUGGCAGACGACUCUUUGUUCCUUUGAGAUAUUCUUUUUAUAGUAGAACCUGGCAUUCUACUUCACCUUAAAAGAGCCAUUUAAGUCUCAGAGAUCUGGAAACUUUUUGUACAAAUUUCCCACAGCAAAACAUGAAAAUAAACAAGCUUUUAUUUUAUUAUUAAUCUAGUUACUGUUGUGCCCGAUAAAAUAAAAUCAAAUCUUUUAGGAACAAACUACAAGAAAAGCUAAGAAUUUUUUUGAGUAAACUCAUAUAGACGUUUUCUUGUUUUGAAGAGGGUUUUGGUUCCUAUUAUUUUGUCUUUUAAAAAAGUUUUCUGAUAUGCCCCUUUCUAGUACUUAUGUAUUUAUUUGUUUGGAAGAGUGUCCUAAAAUGAAGGUUCUUAUUCCAGACUCUGGGCAGUGGUCUGUUUGAGUAGUUGUUCCCUUGAUGGAAAGGGAACAAACAAGCCCACUUGCCACUAGAUGGAUUGUGUGAAAUUUGCUUGGACUCCUUCAACAAUGUUCUCCCAAAUUGCCAUGCAGAGGGUCUUGGAUUCUUCCUGUCUUUUAUCAUCACCUCUGCUCCUAAGCAAAUUUUGUUAGAAAGGGCAUGCCUUUGCUUAGGGAGAUUGGGAAUACCAAUUCCGUACAGAAUAAAAAUUUUAAAAACGCAGUAAGGUGGUAAAUGCAUUGUAUGAUGAAUUUCUCAGUGUAUAGUCUGAGAAUCUUUGCAUGUUGGUUGAUUGUGGCCAUUCUUAAAGUUAAAACCAUAAUCUUAGGUAGAAGAAUUUUUUAUAAAAGUGUUAUUUGACCACUUCAGGUAUACAUUCAAUACUGGGUAAAAAUUUCAGAUCUCAGGAACACAGAAAGACUUAGUGUCCUGAAAGCACUUUCUAGGCUAUGGAUGUGGCAAGGAAUUUGGAAAGAAGUUACACACACACACACACACACACACACACACUUUGUUCCUCCCCUGUGAUAAAAAGGCUGUGAAAACCUUCAAGUAUUUGCUUUUUGAUUUGUUCAGUUGGUAUUGAAAUGUGCACAACCUUAAAUUUGGCGCCAGAAUACUAAAAAAUAGAAAAAUACCCA